AUGCACACCUCCCCGACUCCGAUCUCGCUGCUACCCCUCGAGACCCCUCAUCUGGCUGCUGCCCGACAGGAGGAGAUGGUGGUCCAUGUCAUAACUCAGACGAUUUAUCGCCCGAGCACCACCUUUGUCACGUACGUGACCCUGGGCAGUGUGCCGCCAACUUCGAAUUCGGACAGAGGAAACCCGGCGGAGCCACCGCCGGCGGCAGCCUCUCCGACGGUAGCCCGGGAGCCACCUCCAGACCGGUCGAGCGGCUCGCUAUCGAGCGUCCAGAUCGGAGGCAUCCUAGGAGGCAUCGUCGCCUUUGUGGCCAUCGCCCUCAUCGCCUGGUUCUGCGUCUCGCAGAAGCCGCGGAGAAGACCGCCUCUGGACUUCUGGUGGUAUUCCGAUUAUGAUUCGUCCACGGAGAGCAACAGUACGCCGCCUCCGCCGUUGGGUCCGAGAAGACAAAGGGGAGUUCGACCUCGCGUGCCGCCGGAAUUUCAAAUGCCGACGCACUUUCAAAUGCCGCCGCCGCCGCCACCGCCGGCCAUCCACGUGAAUCGUUACAAAAGCUGGAACCCUACUUUUAACGGACCGUUCCGGCGACAACAGCCACCACCGCCACAUCGGUACCGGGCGAGAGCACCUUGA